UGAAGACGGACCGGAAGCGGCGUGAGUUUCCGAAGUCGAAUCACUAUUCCCGAAACAAACGCAGCACUUCAGUUGGUUUCUCCUGAAGAUACUACCACUUUCCACCCUUACUCGUUGUCUCAUUCAAAACCCUCGACUACUGCAUCUGUAGGUUGGCCUACUGCUUGGCUCAGACCUACCUGCCCCGCAUAGACAAGAUGUUGAGAACUGUUUCAGCACAGAUUUUGAGACAGAUGGUCAGGCACAGGAGCACAAGCACAAGCACAGAACCCAACCUCGUCCUUGAGAGAUCGGUAAACCGUGUACAGUUGUUAGGCCGUGUGGGUCAGGACCCGGUAAUGAGACAAGUGGAAGGUCGUAACCCCGUUACCAUCUUCUCUGUAGCGACCAAUGAGAUAUGGCGCUCCGGGGAAGGAGGAGAGGCAAAUACCCCAGGGGAUGUUAGUCAGAAAACAACAUGGCACCGUGUGUCAGUGUUCAAACCUGGUUUGAGGGAUGUGGCCUACCAGUACGUCAAGAAAGGGUCCAGAAUUCUGGUGGAAGGGAAACUAGACUAUGGAGAGUAUGUGGACAAGAACCAAGUCAGACGCCAGGCCACAACCAUAAUCGCAGACAACAUUAUCUUCCUGAGUGACAACGUCCGAGAAAAGGUCUGAGGGGCUGUUCUUACCGUCUUCACGUCCCAGGCAGGGAGAUCACUUCUUUUAAUAAACUACUCGCCCAGGUUCAUACAAAGGGACUGAGGAGGCAAGCAAGUCGACAGAACUGAAUUGUACCCACCUUAAGGGGAUGGACUGGUUUGGCAUCCCAUACUGAAAAAUGUCCUCCCGUUAUUUCAAAUUUUGGUUAUGUUGUAUCUGUAGGACCAUUAUCUAGAUAUGUCCCUUGUUGUGUACUCUCUACAAAGUUCUGUGUAUGUAGAUAAUGUUUGGAAACCAAUGAGGCACAGUUGAAAAACGGUUCAUAAAAAGCGGUGUUAAAGCGAUAUGUGGGGAGUUUUUGGAGGCUUUCAGAGUGAAUGUUUUUGAAUUGAAUGAGAAGGCCAGUGGAUGAAACUGAUGCAAGUAAUAUGGUGGGCUGUGUGGGACAAAUAUAUAAAGAAGUGCCGCCACACUUCCCAUCCAUGUUGCCUCACACUGUGGGACACAUCAUAGCCCUUAGAUUGGAUGCACAGUACAACAUUUUAAAAGAUUGUGAGCCUGACAAGUUCUCCCCUGACACUUGUUGAAUACGAGCAUGAACGUUACAUGGUCUCCUUACAGUGAGACUGUCAAUAACGGAAACCUUUGUGUAGUAUUAGGAAACACAGUUUUGGUCUGCGCUACCUGUGGGUGGAAGGCUGAUAAAGUAAACACAGUUGGUCAGACCGUGGCAUCAGAGUGCUUUACCCAGCAUGCCAGACUAGUGGCCAUACACACAUCUCUUUAUUGAAAGACGCAGCUGUUAAGUGAUGAAACUCGUCCAGUCCUUAAAUAAUGAAACUCGUCCAGUCCCCUUCACCAAAGUGUACCCAGUGUGGUUUUUCAUCGUGCAGGUUUUUCUGUUGCUGUCCCAAAGCCUACGACAUCAUCCUGUUUUUGAAUGUUCAGUGCCAUCGGGUCUUGCACUACUUGCACUUCCUACAGAAGACCCGGGGUCUAUCCAACCCUGUUUGGGAAUGGAGCUUGCUCAAAUUAGUGAAAUGUUCUGACAUCCAACAUGCCCUAAAACAGAAGCAAAUGUUGAGCGACACAUAUUUCUCCUCAGUCCUGACAAGUGUGUUGUAAUUUCCAGAUGAAGCUUGUUAAACUGUGCAUCAAAGAUUGAUCCUCAAGUAGUUGUCAUGCAUGUUUUCUUUCUUUGUUUUUUGAUCGGUUAUUUUUUUCCUGAAUACUCUUGGAAAUAAAGCUUUCUUCUAUCUAA